AUGACGGGCAGGAAACGAAUGGGCUGGCCAUGGCCGCAUCAGGAUCACUGUCUCUGGAGCGGUCUCAACGCAUCCUGCGACCGCCCUGCCCUUCUGCGUCGCGAAGACACGCCUUGCGAUGCCUCCGUCGGCGCCACGGGCUGGCUGCGUGCUUGUCGCCGGGCGUACGUUGAAGGAGUCUCGGUGCUCUACGGGACCAACUCGUUCAUGAUCGAGAGUCGAGACCUGCUCGAUGCGCUCUUGCAACCGAACAGCAGAGGCUGUGUCCUGCCUGCGCGCCAUCUAUCAAUGAUCAGAUCCCUCGAGAUCCGCUCUGAAGUCGUGCUCUUUGGGGAGUAUCGUGUCAAGAGGGCCAUCCCGCGCAAGAUCCCCGACUUUAGCGGCCUCGCAGGAGUGUUUUCGAGCUUGCAGUUCCUAAUACUCUCGUUCCCAGACACUCUCCACAGUAACUCUGGUGUCCGGCGGUCCGCACGCAUACAAGAACUCAUACAGGUCAUGUUGGAACCGAUCGCACGUGCAUCGGCACCGCUUGCACCACAGCAGCGGCAUUCUGUCGUCGUGGAGGUCCCAGAGAACGUCAUGGAUGAUCUCCUCAGCAGUGGCGAGUUCGACAAAGAGAACCUGGAUCCUUUGGAAUAUCGGAAAUCGAAAGCAAUGCCUUCUAUCCAGACCAUUCUCGCCUCCGCUGUCGUGGGCCUGGCCGCUUCCGCCACCGCCCAGCGCGCACCUCCCACUACGACCAUGCCCAACAUCUACCGCGGCUGCAACUGGUACUAUGUAGCCACCGCCGGUGACACGUGCGAGACGGCCUGGAACGCGGGACAAAUCUCGGCCGACCAGUUCUACGCCUGGAACCCGGAUGUCUCGCGCGACUGCAGACAGAACUUCUGGGUCGGCUACUCGUACUGCGUGGGAGUCUAG